GGCCUGCGGACUGAAGGGUCCCAGGUUCGAUUCCGGUCAAGGGCAUGUACCUGGGUUGCGGGCACAUCCCCAGUGGGAGAUGUGCAGGAGGCAGCUGAUUGAUGUUUCUAACUCUCUAUCUCUCUCCCUUCCUCUCUGUAAAAAAUCAAUAAAAUAUAUUUAAAAAAAAAAAAAAAAAGAACUCCAGGGUCUGAACAGAACUCCAGGGGCUCCCAAUCUUUAUAUCUGCCAGGAUCACAGAUAUACAUUAAAACCUGGAAAGAAGGAACUCCAGGAUUGCAAUUAACACCCCUAUGGGAAGGGCCUUUUACUGUCCUGUUCUCCACUUCCACAGCAGUCAACGUUGCUGUCAUCUCUAGUUGGAUACAUCACACAUGAGUAAAGCUUAUUACAACUCUACUAACCACAAGUAAAGCCUUUUGCAACUCUACUAACCCAUCUGAGCCUGAGAAAUCAAGCAAGACGUGGGAAUGCGAACCAAUUGAAAACUUUGUUCAAGAAAAAGACAACCCUCAGAUAAGUUUACUUCUCAAUUUUUGUUAUUAUUUAUAAAUUUUUUAAUAUUCUUUUGGUUUGGCCUUCUACUCCUCUGCUGUCUUACAAUUCCUCCAUCCUCCCUGUAAAAACCCUUCUCAGAAUUACUCUUUAUUAGAUCAAUAGUCCUUUCUAAAACUCUUCUCGGCUGCUUACUUAUUUGUGCACUACCCGCCACUCCGAGGCUUGCUUAGACCUUUUCUACAGUUUUACACAAUGAAUUAUUUCCUUCUAUUCCUAUUCCUGGCUUCACAAGUCCCUUUAGGACUAGGCACAAUAAACACCGUUCUAAAACCAGAACCACAACCAUGGGACCAAAACUCACUUAUUAGGAUUACCAAGGCUAUAGCGUCGGGAAACAUCACUAAUUGCUGGGUCUGUCACAAGCACCCACGAGCUAUAGGCCCCACACAAUAUUUAGCUAAGCCAGAGAACAAAUUCGGUAAUGAAACCUGGCGCUCAGAGCUAGCGUAUAUUUCCAAACCAAGUACAUAUGCCACCCUUUUCACUCUGGUUAACAUAACUACCUCUCCAUCUAUCUGCCUAUAUACUGCAACAUCGAAACAUAAGCCUGCUCGUCCGGGAAAAGAGUUUCCUGUCUGCAACAAAACUAAGACUGCUCUAUGCAAACUUAGAGCCUUAUAUUAUUCCAUGUUGUGGCCGGCAAAUAUUUCCUCAUGUAGCACCAUUGUUCCUAUGGUUUUAACUAGCACCUCCAACACAGUCUGUGCUCCUGAGGGAAUGGUUUACAUAUGCGCAUAUUCCAUGAAUAGGACGGCAGGCAUUGGUUCAGUUCACACCACCCCCACAGGAUACAUGGCCACUUCAUGCCUAAAUCCCUAUCUCAUUUAUGGAAUGUGCACCUUAGGAUAUAUAACUCCUAGCCUGGCUGUCUACAACGAAACAUCAACACCUUCCCAGCAUAAGCGGAGACUCCUAGACAACCCCUUAACUUGGAAAAGAAAGUCCCUUACUUCCCUUGUCCCCUGGGCAGGAUACAUGGAACAUGAAUUCAUCCUUCCUAAUCUCACAACUGAAUUAGAAAAGCUCUCAAGUGAAACAGGGGGAGCCCUCCAUGAACUACAACAGUCCCUCAACUCAUUAACAAAUAUAGGCUUAGACAGUCGUAUUGCCCUGGACUAUCUUUCAGCUGCAGAAGGAGGAGUCUGUGCUAUUCGAAAUACUACAUGUUGCACCUACAUCAAUAACUCCGCUAAAGUAGAAACAAGAAUACGUGAGAUUCUAAACCACGCAACCUGGGUAAAGAAUCUAAGAGAAUCCUAACUGGCAACCUCACUUGCUUAGAAUUGGAAAAAUUGAUUACAGCAAUUCCACCUCAGAUAACGUUCAUUGGUGUUUUCAACCUUUCCAAACACCCCCGCAGAAAUAGCUCAACAUCCUGAUCAAGCUGGCCAACGGUUCCAAGAACCUUACGCUUUGCCCUGACAGAUAGCAAGAGAAUGAGACCCAAUCCCAACUUCGCCCAUUUGUCAGCAGGAAGUAGCCAGAUGAUUGUCUACGUCCAUAAUCCCCCCAUGAAGUGGGUGUCAAACUCUUGAGCGGGGAAUGUUAGAGUAGGCAGUUAGAUAGAUAAGAGCAGGGCAAACUGAUCAAAGACCUUGCUUAAGUAAAUGGGGAAGGAGGGACAGAAAGCUAAAAACAGCCAUCAAAUUUAGACAAAAACAGGAAGGAGGGCACCAAGAGGGCAAAUCUUGCAAAAUCACCUGCGAACAAAUUCCAGCCCCUCAACUAAGAGGUGAUGGUACAAUAAGAUUAAGGCAGAAAAAGGAAGAGGCAAGCAUAAGAUAAAAAGCCUGGAACUAGGCCCAUUCUGGGGCACUGGAACCUAGCUGGAGUUGCCCAUCCAAGAGUCCCUUAGGUGUACUUUCACUUCAAAUUAAACUUUGCCUUUUCGCCCUAGCCAGUUUGGCUCAGUGGAUAGAGGGCCGGCCUGCGAACUGAAAGAUCCCAGGUUCCAUUCCAGUCAAGGGCACAUGCCCGGGUUGUGGACUUGAUUCCCAGUGGUGGACUUGCAGGAGGCAGCUGGUCCAUGAUUCUGUCUCAUCAUGGAUAUUUCUUCCUCUCUGAAAUCAAUAAAAAUAUAUUUAAAAAAAAAAAAAAAAACUUUGCCUUUUC